AUGUAACUGCUUCCAUGCACUUUCAAAAACUGUGUUGUGUAGUGUACUGUCUCCGAUAAUUUUUAUCUCUUUUUGAAAGUCUAGUCUUCCAACUCUUUUUUAUUAUUAUAAUUUCUGCUUCAGCUAUAAUUUAUUAGAAAAAUGUCUUGUAGUUCACCAAUAUACAGUUGCAGAGGUCAGGGAAAUUAAUCUCAUAGUAAUGGGUGAGAAGGGAAUUUCUGUUUUGGAUAGAAUUGGGUGUGACAACAAGAGUGAUAUUGAUAGCAUGUAUCCCAAGUAUUUUGGUGUUUCUUGUGCAUUCUUUGCCCUCCAAGUCCUCUCAGAAACACAUGUUGAAGUUGAAAGAUGGUCUAAAAUCCGUGACACCAUGCUUCAAGGGAGUGCUCAGCUCUUGGGGUUGAUUGUGUGGAAUGUUCAAAAGGGAAUGCCAAAUGGGGGAGAGUGCAAGCUCAAGAGUGCUGAGAGGGAAAUUGAAAAUCUGAAAAGGAUGAGACAUGAGGAUGCUAAAGCCAAUGAGAAAGUUGUGGGAAUCUUUGCAGCACAAGAGCAAAGUUGGUUGAGUGAAAGGAGGAAACUUCGCCAGCAGAUUGGUGCUCUAUUGAAUGAGUUGAGAGUUUUUGAGAAAAACAAGGAUGCAGAUAUUUCUGAAUUGAAUCAGAAAUUGAAGGACAUGGAGGAUUUGGUGGAGUCAAGGGACAAGGAAAUUGAACAAGAGGAGCAGAAAGGGAAGGAGCUAGAAGAAAAGAUUAUCAAGGCUGAAAAGGAUGCAGAAGAGUUGAGAGAAUCUGCUAGGCGUGAAGCUCAAGAGCAUUCUUCUGAUCUCAGGAAGCACAAAACUGCAUUCAUUGAACUGGUGUCAAACCAAAGGCAGCUUGAGGCUGAGCUCGGUCGGGCAGUUAAACAACUAGAAGCAACAAAAGAGGAGCUAGCUUCUUUGGUAGAGAAGAAGGAGGAGUCAGAUUUAAUGUCCCAGAAAUUAUCUGUGGAGAUUGCAAAGUUUCACAAGGAUUUGGAACAGAAAGAUAAAAUUUUGUCAGCCAUGCUGAGGAAAUCUAAGCUUGAUACUGCAGAAAAGCAAAUGCUAUUAAAGGAGGUUAAGUUAUCAAAGGCUAGGAGGAAGCAUGCUGAGCAAGAAACAGAAAAGUGGAAGGCAGUUUCAGAAGGAAAACAUGACAGACAUUCCUUAAAAAGCAUGUUGGUGAACUUGAGUUCAAGGAUGGAUGUUUUUCCUGGUGCUAGAGGUAUGCAGCCUAGUUCAACAGGUUCUUCACACAUUGCAAAAGAACCGGACCAAAAUUCACUCUUUUCUGAUAACUAUUUGCAGCAAAGAAGUGGAGACUUGUCCAUUCCUGCUAAUGCUAAGAGAUUGGAAGAUUGGAUGCGAGCUGAGGCAGAAAGAUAUGCAACCCUGAUUGAGCAGAGGCAUCACUUAGAGCUAGAUGCUUUUGCGGAACAAAUGAGACUUAAAGAUGAGAAAUUAGAGGCAUUUCGGUGGCAGUUGUUGAGAACAGAGUUAGAAACAAAACAGCUGCAGUCACAUGUGGAGGGAUUGGUCAAGGAUGUGACUCAUUUAAGACAUGACAAGAUGAAAUUGGAAACCUUACUGUUGGAGAGAGAAGAUGAACUGAAUUCCCUGAAAGAGCAAUUUGCAUCAAAGUUGAGGCCAUUAAAUUGCAUUAGAAAUAACUCUAAUUUGCCCCCUCAAUCUUCAGAAGUAGCCCAAGAUGCUGUCUGGUCCAGAGUCAAGAUUGUAAAGAAAAAACCUGGUGAGCUAGAAAUGAUGGAAACUUUGAUUGAGGAAGAAUGUGAAAAGGAAGUACAGUGCCUGCCCCAUGAUCAUUUUAACAAUGCUAACUUACUAGUUCAAUCUCCAGAAAAUGAGAUUGAAGAAGCAAAAGAUGAUUCUAGGGAGGAUAGGCCUGCUCCUAUGCAAAAUCAAAGUCCAACACAAGUAGAAAUUGAUGCAUCUGAAAAGAUAGCAUCUACCAGCCAUCCCUUUAUUAGUAAGACAAAACAGUCCUCAUGGAAGAUGGAUCUUCAUGCUCUCGGAGUAUCUUACAAGAUCAAGAGGCUGAAGCAGCAACUUAUUCUUGUAGAAAGGUUGACAGGAAAGCAAACCAAUGAUGAACAAGCAGAAAUUAAUGAUGAUAGCAAAGUUGGUAUGAAGGCUUAUCUAUCCUUGACUAGUUUGCUGAAUAAACAACUUGGAAGAUAUCAAUCCCUCCAAGAGAAGACUGAUGAUCUUUGCAAACGAAUGCACGAGAAUGACCUCUACGCAAAUCGUGGAGAUAUGAAUGCUGCAAGAACAAAGGAGAAAACAUCAACACUGGAGCACUUCCUAGAAGAGACAUUUCAAUUGCAAAGGUACAUAGUUGCAACAGGACAAAAAUUGAUGGAAAUUCAAUCAAAGAUUGUUUCUGGAUUUGUUGGGGUGGCAGAAGAGAUGGAGAAAAGUGCUGGCAUUGACAUGAAGCGCUUUGCCGACAGUAUUAGGAAUCUGUUCCAAGAAGUUCAAAGAGGUCUUGAAGUUAGAACAGCUAGAAUUAUAGGAGAUCUUGAGGGGACACUAGCUCGUGAAGGAAUGAUAUGUUUUAGGAGUUGACUUGAAUGAGCUCAUGGGCCCACCAUACCACAACGUGACAGGGCAGUCUCCAACAAAAAAAAAAGUGUCAUUUUUGUAUAAAAUUGUCAAGCUAUUUUUCUUUUUGCAACAUUUUUAUUUAUUUUUCUUCUUUACAGCACUUGUCUUAUUUCACACUUCUAUCUUUGACCCAGUCGCUUAAAGUUUCAUAGUAGUAGUUAAGGAUACAAAGAUCAAUGUAAAAAAUAACAAAAUUUAUCUCAUAAAUUAGAAAUAACUCAUGCUCCUCUAUUUUUUGAAAAAUUCUCUUAUUUAACUAUUCUAAAAUUUGAAGAAAUAAAUUGUUUAUGAGAGAAAUGUUAUUCAUUGUUUAUACUAAUUUUUCUCUUAUAAGAACUUUUUAUAAAUUUAUCUAAAUUGGAUCUUUGUCUUCUUUUUGCACAUCUCUUUCAUUAUAAAUAUAUUAUGAGAGUGUAAUGUCAAAAUACUAUGACUCGAAAGAAAGAGGUAAAUAAACUUCAUAGUUGAUAUAUUUCCCUUAUUUUAAAAUUAUUUAACGUUUGUUUGGUUGCAUAAAUAGAAGUAGAAAAGAUUGGUGUACAAUGAUUUUAUGGAUAAAUACUAUAGGCAUUGUUAGUAUUGUUUUUUAAUCAAAGUUGAAGUUUCACCUUGAUAAUAUAUAUUGACCUUUAAUGCUAGUGUGUUGACCUUUUAUGCAAAUUUGAUUAUGCAAAUUAUGAAAGUAAAACUCUAAUUCUAAUUGGAGAGAAACACUAACAAUACUUCCAGGGCUCCAUCUAAAUUUUAUUUCAAAAUUUUCACAUUCUCGCUUUUAACUUACUCGAUCUAAUCACAUGAGCUUUGACUAUAGUUUGUGGAAUUUCUUUUUGUUGAAUCAAAUAUUUCAUGAAUAAGAUGCUUAUGGCAUCUGGUGAUGCUAUAAGUUCCCCUCUUGAGCGUUGUCAGGGAACCACAAAGCAUAAAUCGUUUCAGUCCUCUGGCUUUGCUAACUGUAAAGUAGAAGAAAAGCAUAAAUCGUAAAAAGAAGAAGAAAAGUGUAAGCAACAAUUCAUCUUCUUCACAAACUGCAGCAUUGCUUUUAUAUUUUAUUUUUGGCCCACAAAAGCAUACAACUUGCCUAAAAUUAAGAAGCAAAACUUCACCAUUUUAGAAAUAUAAAAGUAUUUGGUUUUAUAUUAAUCUCAUCGGGCCCAUAUCCCAUUAAUGCACACUCCUCACUCCUCACUCCUCACUCCUCACUCCUCACUCCUCACUCCUCACUCCUCACACACUAUUUUUAAGCAGUGUCAAAUUUGACAUGCUAACCAGCUCUUAUUCUUCCUGCCAAUAUUAUACGCUUACCCUAAAAUUGCAAAUAAAAAUUUGAGAAAUAUUAACCAUAACGCAUUCUUUUAAUAUACUUUAUUCUUUGUCAAUUGUAAUCCUAAAAAAAUUAUUCAUUUAAAAUAGUCUCUGCAGUUAAUUAAGAGUCGCUAAGUGAUAAUUAAAUAAACUGUGUUUCACAUAUUAAGUGUCACUUAAAAAUUAAUGCUUGCUUUACAUGUAAUAAUCCUUAAAUAAGUACUUAGUAAUUUUUUAUAAAAAAAAGUUUGAAAUUACUUUUUUUAAUCUUAUAAAAUUUUAAAUAAGAUAUUUUUUUAUCAUUACAUUUAAUAUCAAAAUAUUCUUCUAUUUUUAUUACCACAGGAAUAAGAGUUUAUACUCCUAUUCUUUAACAUAAAUUUGAGUACGAUAAAGGUAAAUCUUCUAAACUCACACACUAAUAAAAAAUAUAGGUUGAAAUAUACAUAAUAGAGUAAGUUUUUUUUAAAAUUACUCUCUAAGCAAUAAUAUUUUAGCUUAUAACACUACCUCAAUAAAUAUUCUCAAGAGAGAAAUGAGGUAUAAGAUACUAUCUAAAUAAAGAAUGCUGAUUAAAAAGAUAGUAGUAAUGUUUAUUUUAAACAAAAAUUGAAAAAUAUAAUUUUAUAUAAAUUUUAUUCAUGAUAUUUUCAAGACAUUUUUAAGGGUAUACCUAACAAUGUAGGGUGUUUGAAAGUUCACCGGACAUAAACAAAGUUGUACCAACAUAUCGUAUAUAAACUCAGUUUUGAAAUGGACAGACGAAACUUCUUAGAGUUAUUGAGGUUUCAAACACAUUAAUUUCCUUUUUUGUCCUGUUUAAGUGGCAAAUACCUUCAAUUAAUUCUGCAUACGACCCUCCAAUGCAUAUUUGCAUUACAAUGUGCUUGCUUGCUUUGAACUGCCGAUAAGUUGGGUUGAUGUCAAAUUUUAGG